UGCAGUUCAGACCGUUGGUAGACACGAUCGCGAGAGGUGUGACCAUCCACGAUAAGGAACGUUGGUCAAUUGUUAGAGGGACGAUAGUUAGAAAAAAAAUCCGACCACUUAGCAGAGACAGAUCGUCCGGUAGAUAAGAGGCUUGUCAAAUGGAGAAGAGCUUGUAAAAUAAUUGACCUGGAAAGGAAUUUUGGCUCGUGCUGUUCAAGAGAGAAAGCGUACGAAAGUGAUACCCGAGACGAACGGGAUUUUAGUGAGUAGUUCUGAAACGUGCAAUCUCAUCACUUGACCACUUAGGUUGGAUUUGCCUAAACUCGGCUGACAGUGAGUGUGCAGUGAUUGUGGUGCCGUGGGAGAUCUUAGUUUUAAAAAUUAGUUUACCGCAACUGGUUGAAGUUCAGCAUCGUCCGAAAAAUCGAAGUAAUGAAUCGUUUACUUGUGAUUCUGGUGGUGAUUUGUGAUCUGAGAAGUUACGUGAAUGCAUUCAUCAAUGCUUCAAUGGUUUUACCAGCGCUUCAGAUGGUUUUCGGUUUACCAGGAUUGUUGGAGAUGAACUAUGGCAACCCGACAUUGAAAUCGUCCUAUGAUUAUGUGAUUGUCGGGGCUGGCCCUGCGGGUUGUGUACUCGCCAAUCGCCUUUCGGAAGAUACGCGAAGGACAGUGCUUCUUUUGGAAAUCGGGAAAGGCGAAAUACCGAUGUUUUCUGACCCUCCGUUGCUAGGUCCUUUGCUUGCUUCGACUAACUACAAUUUUGGAUACCAGACUGAAGUGCAAAAGUACGGUUGCCAGGGAUUACGCAACAAGAGAUGCAGUUGGGCUCACGGGCGAGGCGUUGGGGGAUCUUCGAUAAUAAAUAAUGUGAUCUACACGCGAGGCAGCAAACGAGACUACGACAGUUGGGCGGAGGCUGGUAAUCCGGGCUGGAGUUGGAAUGACAUGUUGCCUUACUUCAAGAAAUUAGAGAAAUCAAACAUUCACGAUUUCGACGGAAAUGGAUUCCACGGUAAAACAGGAAGGCUAUCGGUGGAGGACUGCCCAUUCCGGUCCGAAAUAGCUGAUGCUGUUGUAAAAGGUGCCCAACAGGCAGGCUACCGAUAUUUGGACUACAACGCUGGGGAUUUGAUCGGUGUGUCUUAUCUGCAAGCCCACACGCGGAAGGGACAUCGUGCCACAGGUGGUAACUCUUACCUGAAGGACGUUGUCAAUCGGCCAAAUCUUCAUAUCCUGACCCGGGCGUGGGCCACCAAAGUACUGAUUGAUUCCCGAACCAAACAGGCCACAGGCGUUCAGUUUGUUCAUGACAAGCGCAGCUACACAGCUUUUGCUUCAAGGGAGGUCAUCCUGUCGGCUGGUGCGUUUGAAAGUGCAAAGUUGUUGAUGCUUUCAGGCGUGGGCCCCUCGAAGCAUUUGCAGAAGCAUGGUAUCAAGGUGAUACAAAACUUACCGGUGGGAAAACAAGUGACCGAACAUGGUGGCGUUUUUGGGCCAGUAUUUGUAGUUCAUAACGAUCCAGAUGGACUUCACAGUUUGGAGCAGUUGGCAACAAUUGGUGAAGUUACGAAAUUUUCGACUGGAAAGGGACCUAUGACAUCGAAUUCGGUGGAAACUUUGAUGUACGUAAAGUCCCCAGUAGCGGAGGAUCCUGAUCCCGAGCUACCAGAUGUAGAGAUUAUGCAAGCUUUUGUAUCAUUCGGUUUCGACUCAUCUCCAUCUACGAAGUUUGCAUAUCAGUUGAAUGAUGAAGUGGAUGAUGCAUAUUUUCGACCGCUGAAUAAUAUGAGAGCUUUUAUGUACUUACCCAUGCUGCUAAAGGCUCGUGCCAGAGGAAAAGUUCAGUUGAAGUCAACGAACCCGUUCCACCACCCCGAGUUUAAAUAUCAGUAUUUCGAGGACGAUCGAGAUGUGGAAGCGUUAGUGUACGGAAUUUUGCAUGCAAUAAACGUGACAUCACAGCCGGCAUUCAAACACUUGGGAGUGGAACUGUACGCGAACAAAGUUCCAGGGUGUGAAAACUUCAAAUUCAACACGUUGGAUUACUGGCGGUGUCAUGUACGAACCUUGACCGCCACCUUCCAGCACCAGGUGGCUACGUGUAAAAUGGGCCCAGCUAGUGAUCCAGAAGCAGUGGUGGAUCCUCGCCUGAGAGUGCACGGUAUCAAAAAGCUCCGGGUGGCUGACGUUGGAAUUAUUCCCGAUUCCCCUACUGGCCACACCAGUGCGCAUAGCUUCGUGAUAGGUGAGAAAGCAGCCGAUAUGAUUAAGGAGGAUAACGGGGACUAUGGGCAUAAGUCGUUAUAGGCUUAGAGCCAUGAGUAGCAUACAGUAUCCUAGAGGCCAUUGAAGACAGUAAACGUAAUUAUCAAAAGAA